AUAACUCUUUCCGUGGAAAGGUCAACUUUAUUAACAUUUUGAAAAUUUUUGAUACUUGUGAAUUGAUUGUAGAAGAUAAAGAUUGCAAUUUUGUGAAUCAGUCUUUUUCACCUUCCCCUAAUUACCUACUUCCAAAUACUGAGAGUUAACUGAAGGACUUACAGCAUUAGUGUGACUCUCUAGGCAGUUCAAGCCCCCAGGAGGCGCGCGCCAUGCUGUGAAGCCAAUUUGACAUAGUGGCACAAAAAGCAUUUUUCCUGCACACAAUCAUUUGAGCAGCUGUUAAACCUCUGCGAAAUGACUCGUUUCCAUUUGGUCCGAUCACAUUUGGAAAGUCUAUAAGAGUCGCACGAUUAAAUCAUUUUAUCUCCAUUCCAGUUGGCGAAAGGCUAAACCGGACGUUAGCCGGCUGCGUCCAGGUGAUUUCUUUACAGCAGGAAGUGGCUGAAAAGUAUUCGUUUUUUGGCUUCCACUGAGCAACUUUCAUAGGAAUAAACGCGGCCCAGUCUCCAUCACUGUAUCCAGCUCUCUUCAUACAUCCAUGAGGCUGACACACACACAAAGGGAGUGGGUGAAGUGGAGGAUGCUGAAUCCACGGACCGGUCGGAGGUGUCAGUGAAGCUGAGAGUGGAUCCGAUGCCCAGAACAGUCAGGAAAGAGAGCCGAUGUUAGGAGGUAGCAGAGAGCAGACAGGUAGGGAAACAAAUGAGGUCAUGCAGAAAAACAUGAUGUAAGCUAUUUCUGAAUAUAUGCUUCCACUAGCAUCAAAAAGUGUAAACGUUAGCAUGUUGAUAAGCCUGCGGUUAGCAUUAUAACAUGGAUUUCAUGAAAUAUCCAUCAGGUAUUUGUUGAUAAUGAUGUUAAACUGACAGACGCUGCUAAAAAAAUAGUGCAACACGUGCUGUUUUAGAAGAGCAGCUAAAGGCAGAACAGGAGCAUGCUCAGAAAGGUCGGCUCUGUCCUGCUGUCAUCGUACAUCAUAAGUGUGCACUGAAGUAAUCAAUGAGUUUAUGAAUCACUCAGCUGAACGAACAUUGAUCAGAGACGUGAGAAUGAAUCGUCCUCUGCCUGCCAGGACCAACAGGGGGAACAAAUCAGUGCCAGAAAGAAAAGAGAUCCUGGAUUCCAGUCAACAGGAUGAAGCUGAAUAACAGGCUGUGCGGUCAGGGCUGAUCUGGGAUGAACCAGGUGGACUUUAGGCAGCUGGAGGCUGCGUGUGUCCGGAGGAGGCUGCUGUCUGCGGUCAUGAAGCUGCCCUGCUCCCUCUACUGCUCGCUGUGGUUCCUCCUGCUGCUGGGAGCCGGAUCGCUGCUGCUGCUCGUCCGCCUGCAGGACCUCACGGAGAUGGUCCAGCAGCAGACGCCAGGCAUGAAUGUCGUGGUGGCUCCCAGGUGGCCGAUAGAGAAGGAUUUGGUGACAGGCAGCACAGCUGAUGCAGAGCAGAGUGAAGACGUCGCUGCAGUUAAGCUUGAAAAUUCUCAACCGUCUCUUCCUGAUCGGUUAUCUGACCCUCUUGAAGACGCAGUGGUCGGCUCCAAACAGCCGGUCACCAAACGCCACAGGAAGCUGCUUCUAAAGAGCAGCAUUGUGUCGUCCAGCGCUCCUGCUGGCGAGGUUCAACAACAGCUGCUGCAGCAGAGACAGAAGCUGGCGAGGACGCAGGAGUCCCGUCGCCGCCUGCUGAGUGAGGUUUGUGCCAAAUACCAGCCGAGCGUCACCGAACAGCUGGUCUCGCAGCGGCAGGUGUCGCGGGUUUACGUGGAGGACCGGUCCAGGCUGCUGUACUGCGAGGUGCCCAAGGCCGGCUGCUCCAACUGGAAGCGUGUGCUGAUGGUGUUGGGCGGUAGCGCCGUCUCGACACGAGACAUUCCCCACGACGUGGCGCAUUACGCCAACCACCUGCAGCGACUUGAGAGCUACGACCGCGCCGGCAUCGCUGAGAGACUGCGCUCCUACAACAAGGUGCUGUUUGUGCGAGAGCCAUUCGAGCGGCUGGUGUCGGCCUUCCGGGACAAGUUUGAGAGUCCGAACUCGUACUACCACCCCGUGUUCGGACGCCCCAUCAUCUCCAGAUACCGUGCCAACGCCUCUCGCACCGCCCUGCGCACCGGCGCCGGCGUUACCUUCAGGGAGUUUGUGCAGUACCUGCUGGACGUGCGUCGGCCGGUGGGGAUGGACAUCCACUGGGAGCCGGUCAGUCAGCUGUGUAACCCCUGCCUGCUCCGAUACAACUUCAUCGGUAAGUUUGAGAGGCUGGAAGAAGAAGCCAACUUCCUGCUGCAGAGCAUCGGAGCGCCGAGGAACCUCACCUUCCCCGACUUCAAAGACAGAAACCCCCUCGCAGAGAGGACUUCCUCCUCCAUCACCCAGAAAUACUUUGCACAGCUGAACUCCACGGAGAGGCAGAAGGCCUACGACUUCUACUACAUGGAUUAUCUGAUGUUUAACUACCCCAAACCCUUCAAAGACCUGCACUGAGCUGUGCAGGAGGAGGAGGAGGAGGAGGAGGAAGGGGGGGUCUGAAGCCAAGUUUCUUUGCAGUGAAGAACUUCAUCGCCUCAGUUAUUAUUUUUACAGUUGGCCUUCUUGUUUUUAUGGAGGUGCACAGACUAUGGCCCAUAAUGCACUGCAGCGCGGCCGCAUCCAACCAACAGAACUGGUUUUGACACUCUGUUAACGCACCUGAUGUGACAGGAACACGUCCGCCUCUGUCUGUUUUCUAUGCUGCCCUUGAGACGUUUUUCAGGAUGAACUCGUGUUCCUGUGAGCUUUAAAUAUGCACUAUAGUCACGUUAGAUGUGUGUUCGAUGAUUUUGUUGGUAAAAAUCAUUUUUUAAAAGGAGGUGACGGUUUUUAUUUUUCUGAUCAGCAGAGUGAAGUUCGAGGCUCAUCAGAAUAACGUCUGAACACCAACUCUGAUCCACAGUUUUUAGGGUUCGUGUCGCGUCGUGUUGCCUUCUGGCUGCUGGAGCCAAUCACAGCUCUUCUCUUCAAAGUCUGAAUGUCCACCUGACGUCGCUGCGUCACGUCAAACUAGACAAAACAAAAAAUGUAACAAAAAAAGCUGAUGUCACGAUGAAAAUGGUGCUUUAUAGAAGAUUUGUUGGAUCGGCGGAUAAUUUGAUGUCGGACACAAUCCACUGCACACGACAAUAUUUUACAUUGUUUCAUGUAUGAAAUCCUUCACGCUGCGUACAAAAUAUAUAAAAUAUUAAAAUCUAUCUAAUUGAUUUUAACUUCUUCUCAUGCUGCUAUGUAUUUAUGAUUAUUUCUUGCCAUUUAGAUGUCACAUCAUCAAACAUGUUAGAUCUUGUAAGGACUCGGGCAGCUGCGGUUGGGACCAAAUGGAUACAAAACUCUCAGUCAGAGAAACAACUAUUAGAAAAAUUAUUAAAUUGAGGGACAAAAUAAGCCAAUUAAUCACACAAAUCACAAAAAAGGUGGUAACACUUAAUUUUACAGGUUCUUUAAUUUUGUUACAAAUUCCUGGAAAUUUUCUGAGUAAUUUGCAGGUAUUUAACAGUUAAUUUUUAGGACAUUUUACAGAGAGGAUGGUGCAAUUUGGUAUAAAUUAUAAGAAAAAACAGAAAAAAGUGUUAAGUUGGUUUAGUUGGUAAGUAUCCACUCAUUAUAUUUAGGUUCUUGCUCCAUGACACAACUCUCUGCAGGAUUCAUCUUCUCUAUAUAUAAAUAAAAGUUUUAAAACCUUUUGAUCUCGGCUGCAUCUGUAAAGAGGCUACAAUCAAUUUUUCAUGACAGCAAUAUAUAAAAGGACAAUGCGUGAUGGCUCGUAGUGAUGAACCUACAGAGAAUUAUCAGUGACUCUGCAGCUCCUCUCGGUUUUC